AUGACGAGUUUCCUACCACAGACCUGCUUCAGGCAGCUCGCGCGCAGCUCUCUGCCAAAGCGAAGCCCCGUUUCCCCUGCGCCCUUGUCCCGCUUCCAACCGACACAAUGCUUUUCGACCACACCACGAGUUCAGUCCCGAGUCGGCGGCGCCGCGGUCUCAGUACCCCCGGAGGUCUCCCUGAAGUUCAUCGAUCUCCCUCAGGUUCAAGGCCGGGGGGCCGGUAAGGAUCAACCGAAGAUCGCGGUAGAAGUUAAAGGGCCAUUGGGUCAAUUAACGCUGAAUGUUCCUUCUUUCGUCAAUAUCUCGCACGAUGAGAACCUCCGGAAAGCAUCACUAUCGGUUGCGGAUCCCGCUAUUCCUCACCAACGUGCUAUGUGGGGAACUACACGCGCCCACCUGCAGAAUUACAUCCUCGGAGUGUCAGAAGGUCACAUUUGCAUCCUGAGUCUGGUUGGUGUCGGAUACAGAGCUAGCAUUGAGCCUACAGCGACUACCGCAGAGCCCGAGUACCCCGGUCAGCAGUUCGUCUCACUCAAGGCCGGAUAUUCACACCCGAUUGAGCUUGGAAUCCCCGAAGGCGUCCAGGCCAGCACGCCUCAGCCCACGCGUAUUCUUCUGCAGGGCACAGACAAGCAGGUGGUCGCGCAAUUUGCAGCGGAGAUCCGGGAAUGGCGCAAGCCGGAACCUUACAAGGGCAAGGGUAUCUUCGUCAACGGAGAGACAAUCAAGCUGAAGGCGAAGAAGAUUCGGUAA